AUGAAGAACAUUCAAAAGUUUGUAAUUAGGUUUAUAGUAUUAAUAUGUAUUACUUUAUCUAACUAUUUUGGCACUGGACAUGGCGAAGCAGUUUUUAAUGUUCUUGAUUAUGGUGCUGUCGGGGAUGGCAUACAAGAUGAUUCUCAAGCAUUUUUGAAAGCAUGGGGAGCAGUAUGUGGACAAGGUGAAAGCUCAGCAACACUUGUAAUCCCAGCAGGGAAAACAUUUCUUUUACAGCCCAUAGAUUUGGCAGGUCCUUGCCAAACGAACAGCCCUCAUGUUCAGGUUCUGGGAAAAAUGGUGGCACCUGCAGAUCCUAAUGUGUGGGAAAAGUGUGGAGGAUUUUGGCUUUCUUUCCUAAGCAUUCAAAAUCUCAUCAUGGAUGGAUCAGGAGAAAUCGACGGGCAGGGUUCAUCCUGGUGGAAUGGGAAGCAGACCAAAUGCCAACGACCCAUUGCUGUACAAUUCAACAAGUGUAAUAAUCUUCAACUGAGUGGACUCACUCUUCUGAAUCCCCCAAAUGCCCAUAUACAAAUAUUCGGAACCAAUAGUGCGUACCUCGCCAACCUUCAUCUCAAUGCACCAGAAGAUAGUCCAAAUACUGAUGGAAUUAAAAUCGGUGCAUCAACCUAUGUUCAAAUCCAUGACUCUGUCAUUGCCACCGGGGAUGACUGUAUUGCAUUAUUGAAUGGGACGAAUUAUAUCAACAUUACCAACAUUGCAUGUGGACCUGGUCAUGGGAUUAGUGUGGGAAGCUUAGGAGGAAAUGGAGAUUAUUCAGUGGUAGAAGGGGUACGUGUGUACAACUGUAGCUUCAACGGAACAACGAAUGGAGCAAGAAUCAAAACGUAUCAGGGAGGUCGAGGGUAUGUAAGGAAGAUACACUUCGACAAGAUCACACUAAUUGCAGCUCAAAACCCAAUUAUCAUCGACCAGAAUUAUAAUGCCCAUGGCAACAGCAAUAUUAACCAGGAAACAUCAUUAGAAGUGAGUGAUGUAACAUACAGUGGAUUCGAAGGAACAAGUGCGGAUGAGCAAGCCAUUACAAUAGCAUGCUCUGCUUCUCCAGGCUGCCUCAACAUUACCAUGUACGGAAAUAAAAUCACUUCCUCUGCACCAGGAAAGGACGUCUUUGCCUCCUGCAACAAUGCCAAAGGAACUUCCAUAGAUACUGUGCCCAUAGUGCCUUGCCUCUCAAGCAACUCCAAUGUACAACUCUAA